AUGGCCUUCACCCAAAUUCGACACAUGUUUGAGAAGAUUCUAGCUGACCAGGAGGGUCGUGGUCUUCCUCUUCUAAGCGCCGAGGACUAUACUCCCUUCCUUGACGCUAUCGGAGCCCUCCUCGUAAAUCCCGACUUCAUGCACGAACACAGCUGGGAGACCCGUACACUCGAGCACUCUAUUAGCCGACCUACUGUCGAUGCCAAGAGCUCCGAGGACUGCAACAGUAAGCUGAACAUUCGACUCCAAGAGGGCGAAGAGAAGGAUUCCAGUGGUACAACAGUGUUCGACGGUAGUGUAGUCAGUAUCCUUGUGGAUGGAUAUACUCUGGUGAAACGUAGGAGUACUUCGUGGGCUGGAGAUGCGCUGCUAGAGGUGUUUCAGAAGGUAAUCACGAUGGCAAGGGAGUGGGAGUGA